UUCCAAAAGCCCAGAAGAGGAGGACAAGAAGAAGCCCAAGAAGCGGCAGAGGAAGAGCGGGCGCCUGCUUGAAAUGCCCGGCGCUGAGCUCCCGGCGGAAAGGCAGAGGACGCCGGCGGCGGCGGCUCUCUUCUCCCCGUCCUCCUUUUCCAGGACGCGUCCUCCAUUCCCGCCGCUUGGAGCCUGGCUGAGCAGCCUGGGGCUCUGGCUCUGACUAAGGCAGGGCAGGCUGGGCUUGGUUUGCUUUGAGCCGCAGCUUCCCCCGAGCUCCCCGCUCCCCUCCUGGGCAGCCUCUCGGGGCCUCUCUGGCUUGUUGCUGCCGCCGCCGGACGGAGAAAGGCCGGGAGCCAUGAGGCACCUGCGCCCGGGCUGAGGGAGGGCUGGGCUGCUGGGCAGGAGCUGCAGAAGGAGCCCGGCCGCCCCUCGCUCGCCUCAGGAGGACUUCGCGGCAGCAGCAGCAUCGGGAGCUUGGUCCGUCCCUCCUCGCCACCUUCACUCGCCCAGGAAGAAGAGCAGGCAUGGGGAAUCAAGUGGAGAAGCUGACCCAUUUAAGCUACAAGGAGGUUCCCACAACUGACCCGACAGGCAUGGACAAAGAUGAUGGUCCCAGGAUUGGUGUCUCCUACAUAUUCUCCAAUGAUGAUGAUGAUGUGGAGCCACAGCAGGACUCAGUGGUGUCGGACCUUAGCAGAGAGCAUCCCUCAUCACAACCAUAUGACCCUCAGUUGCAUGAAGUGGAGUGUUCCAUUUAUUAUCGCGAUGAGUGCAUUUAUCAGAAAAGCUUUUCUGGCAAUGAUGAGGUGGAUGGAAGUGGCCAUCUAGCCACUUAUACUCCAGAAAAUCUGUUGAACAAGUGCAAACCUGGUGAUCUGGUGGAGUUUGUGUGCCAGUCCCAGUAUCCCCACUGGGUGGUGUACGUAGGGGAUUUCCAGGUGGUCCAUUUACAGAGGUUGGAAAUAGUGAACAGCUUUCUGACAGAUGCCAGCCAGGGCCGGAGGGGACGCAUUGCAAACCAACUGUAUCAUUACAAACCACUCAGUCCAGCCACCGUGGUGCAGAAUGCCCUGGAUCAAGUGGGUUGCAAGGACCAGGAUCUCAGUUGGAGGAACUCUGAGUGUUUUGCAGCCUGGUGUCGUUAUGGCAAGCGUGAGUUCAAAAUUGGUGGUGAGCUGCGCAUAGGCAAGCAACCCUACCGGUUGCAGAUCCGGCUGGGAGUGAAACGCAGCCACACCCUGGAGUUCCAGAGCCUGGAGGAUCUUAUUAUGGAGAAGAGAAGGAAUGACCAGAUAGGGAAGGCUGCUGUCAUCCAAGAACUGUCCAGCCAUCUGCAGGCAGCAGAGGCAGAAGAUGAUGACGAUGAUAAUGAGGCAGGUGCCCAGACUGUGGCGGAAUAGCAGCAGCUUUUGCACAACUGGGCUGCUUAGCCUGGGUGAUGGGGAUUAAAACUGAAGGCGGCGAAAUUGAGCUGUUAUAAGCCCUUUGGGCUGCUUCAGUGCAGCUUCACUCCAAUCACAUGUGAAGUGAAGGGGGAAAGCUGAUUAAGUAUCAGCACUUUAGCACUUAACCCCUUCAGUGCUCAGUACAACCAGCAACUUUAAUUGUUGAGGGUUAAAACUCAGGGAGCUCUUCAUAACUCUCUGUUUAUGCAUAGUUCUCCCCUCCCAGACCCUCUUCCUCUCCCCUAGCUUCCACUGUUCUAAAUUAGAUGAGUCCUAGCAGCUCUCAACUACAUAAUUAAAUUUCCUAGCUGGGAAGUUCCCCCUUUGCUGUUCUGCCCUCCCCACCUUCUUUUUACCACCUAAUAUUCAUUGGCAUUUCUGGAAUCUAUUUACUUAAGUUUAUUGGCUGUGACCUCUAUGGGGACCUUCCUGAUUUCCCCUCAACAAGCCCUCCAAGGAUUUAAUGGCUAAAACACUGUUAAUGUUGUGUAACUGGGUUGGCCUGUUUGUGCUGGCUGUUUUUAAUAACGUGAAACAACUUGGGGAAAUAUGGAAGGGUUUCCUUUCUGUGGCUUCUCUGAAAGCACAGGAAUGCUGUUGGAGCUCCAUCUCUGUUUUUUGCUCGGGAUCAAAAAAAAAUUUAAGCAGAAGAAAGGUUGCAAACUACAGUAUUAGCCAGAAUGAACUCCCACUUCUUGUUCAGCCAUGUUCACAAGAAGUGGUUUCAACUUUCCUUCAAGUGCGAUUUAAAUAAUUGGCAUAGUUUCACCUGGUUACUGUGGAGCUAAGUUGAGCCAUACCCAUUAGCUUCACUAUAUUUUGUUGGGAAAUUGGGAGCUAUUUAAACUGGGGGCACUGGGAGGUGAUAGAGAGUUGGACCCACAUUAACACCAUUGGUUACUGCCAUAUUGAUUUACUUCAAAUCCAAGUACUGUUUGGGCACAUCUUAAGUUACUGCAAAAUGUGAAUUCAUUCUAAAUCAGCUUAAUAGCUUUGUAUCUCCAAAGAAUGCUAGCAAAUGACUGCUCUUUUUAAAGAUCUUUUAGUCUUUGCAUAGAACCAAAAUUUUUGCGUUUCCACAAAAGUGAAACUUUUUUGUAAUGCAGAUGCAUCCUGGUUUGACUGGUCUGAGGAUCAGAGUGUUGGUUAAUUUAGAAGGGACAUAUUUUCUCCCUCGGCUUUGCAUCGUGGUUUUGGUUUAAUUGUGAAAUUAUUGAUUUCAGUGUCCCAGGAAAGUUACUUCAGAAGAUCUUUAGGCAUUAUUUUGUAUUGCGUUGUAGGUGCUUCAGACUGUACGAAAAAUGUUGAAUAGAGGAUAGAAAAUGGAAUGAGGGUGACUUUUGUGUGAAGCAGUUGGGUUAUUUUCAAGAUAGGGAAAUUUUGUCUUCACCUGUGACAAGUAGAUUCCCCUUGAAACCUUUCUUCUUGUCAAGCGAUAUUUUUGGAGAAAGAAAGAGGGAGCAAUUGUUCUCCUUUUGGCAGUAGAUUUGAUUAGAAGCUGUUUGACUAGUCUUGUCAACAGCUCACAGCAGUGGAAUGAGAGGGAUGCAAGACUUCCUUCCUAGUGUUUAUUUGUACAUGACUGCUGGUAGUACAAUUGGGUAGACCAUGGUUCCGUGAUACCCUUUCAUUUCAGUGAGGCUUAGAUAUGAGCCAUUUGUGAUGGAUUGCUUUCUGGCUGCCUGUUGAGUCUCUUUUUCUAGAUUCCAGUUAAUAGAAAUGUUAGUGUGACUGUGUAUAUGUUUUCUCUUCACCUGAAAAGACUGUUAACUUCCUCACACUUUGAACAAUAAAGAAAUAGUUGUUUUCUCAUAUGAACCUCGGGUUAGAAUUAAGUAGAGGAAAUUAGUAUUUGGAAGCAAAGGUGUUCAGAAUAAUUAAGCAGCAUAUUAAAAAUAUAUUCAUUCAGCUAUGUUUUCUCCAUCUCCUAUUGCCUGCAGUGUUGUUUAUUUCACUGCUUGAUGCAGAAAACUCUACCACUUCUGCGUUGCAGGAUUCUUUUUCAUCCAUGAGCCUUGGUUUAAGUGAAGCAGGUGGCUGCAGUGUACUCUGGUGUAUUCCUGUGGAAGUCAACAAAACUACUCCAGAGUGUAAGAUACUUAGGGAAUGUGACUUGUCUGAAACAAAUGAGUUCCAGUUAUUAUUCUAUUUGUUGUGAUUCUUAAGUGGAACCUGUAGCAUAUGAAAAAUGCUGAUGAGAUGUUUCCCCUUGCCUCUUUUAAUCCAUUCUUCAAGUAGGUGGUUAUAGUUCAGUUCUAUUUGCACUGAUUCAGAAGCCACUUAAGUCAUAAUCUUUAAUCAGCAUAGUCUGUUAUCCCCAAAGAUAGUAACAGCAACCCUCAAACUUCUCUUUUUGAAGCAGUCAGACUGAGGUUAGUGGUGUUAAUGAAAACAGAUGGCUACUUCCAGAUUGUAGUUUAAGGACCAGUCUGUACAUUCAGCAGUAUGAAGUGUUAAAUCCUGUCCAAGUCUAUUCCACUUAAGGCUAUAGGUGGAAGAUGGAUGGUCACAUGAUUUCAUCUCUACAAAAAUAUCCCCACAAAGGGGAAAAAACACAGUACAUAAAAAAAAAGUCAUGCCAGGGAGAAGUAUAAUAUGAGCCCUGUAUUAAUUUUCUUAUGUAUACAGCAUCAGUACCAUAGAUACCCAUGGGGCACUUAGGCAUGUGACUUUGUUUUUCUCUCUCACCUGUAGCCUGGAAGUAAUACAAUCCAAGAAAACUUUUGCUGCUUUGCUUUGCUGUCUUCUAAAGUCCAUGAACUUCCAGUUCUCAUCUAAUUGUUGAACAUCAAAGCCAAGUCAGGAUUUACAUCAGGAACUUGGAUUAAGCCAUUCUUUACCUAUAUUACUUUUAGGCAGGGGGUAGGUUUAAGGACAGAACCUGAGAUGUACUACUGCUGCUGGGCUUUUCAGUUUUAAGAUUGCAAGAACAUCUAACAGAAGGAGCCGUAUGCUAGUAAACAUGGGUUUGGCUGAAAGAACCAUACAAUAUACAUUUUGCAUAAUUUGCUUCCAGCAGUAUUACUUACUUACCAGCCGCUUACUAUUGUUUUGUUUUGCUUUAAUGAAAUUUGAACAUGUCUAAGGUUCUCUCAGCACACAGACUGUGUCAGUAGUUUCAUUAAAGUAUGUGAACUACAAGCUUUGUCUCUGUGCUGUGUGAAGAGGGAAAUUGCAGUCGAGCCUUUCUCUUCCAUGUAUCUCAUGGGAAUAAAUGGGAGCUGGUUGUGAGUAGCAUUUCAGUAGCUUCCUAUAAUUUGUGCCCAAACAGAAUGGAGAAAUCCAGAAACCAGUGGGGGUCUCUUCUCUUUAUUUCCCCUUUGUGAAAUAAUGGUUUGGGAUGCUCUAAUAAAAGAUUUAUGACUCAGUGAAAACUCAGGGUGGCACAUGCUUAUGUAGGAACUUGUAUUUAUUUGCAAAGGUAAAAACUAAUUGGGUACAGAUUUAAGCGGGAGAGGCAGUGGGAACAAUUUGUGUAUGUGUAUGCAAGUGUAUUCUUUUUCUGGUUCUCUUGGGGUUCAUAGGUGAAUGUUUUUCCCAUGUGGUACUGCAAAGUAAUGGAAGAAAGGUUGUAGGAGAAAAGCAACACAGAGAAUAAUCAAGCCCCCAUGUACUCCUCUUCUUCAGGUUUCUCCCCUUUGCACCUUCCCUAAUGGAAAAAGAAGCCUGAACCUAUAUGCUAGGAUCCCCUUGGGUGACUGCACUCAUGGAAGUCAAGGAGUCAGCAGUGGUGCCCAGAGGAAAAAGGUUGAACACAUAGUUGCAGUGAGAGAAAGUGGGAUAUAUCACUAGCACAUGAGACAGGAGGAAAAGCCUGGUUACUAUAUCACUUGCCAUUGCUGACUCACUGUGUGAGCAUAGAGAAAAUGUAUCCACAUCCAUUUUAGACCAAUACACAAUGUAGUAUGCACUAUAAUGAUUCUAGGCAAAGAAUACACUUGUACUACAUGCUUAGAGCAGUUUGAUACUACUUUCCUGGCAUUUGUAGUUUGCACAGAUUGUUAGAGUUCUCUGCUAAACAGCUAUAGUGUCAUUGUUGAAUAUCAGCAUUAGAACUCUGCAACAGAGACCUCAAUAUACUGCAGCAGGGUCCCAUUCACACCACACAAUUAUAUCACUGGAUUCCACUUUAAAAUUCUGGGGCUGGUAGUUUAGUGAGGCCCUAAUGCUCUCUGUCUGAGAACUCUUAUAUCCCUUCUUGAACUGCAAAUCCCAGGAUUUCAUAGGCUGUUACCAGGGCAAUUAAAGUGGAAUAUAGCACUAUAAUUGUAUAGUGUGAAUUAGCCCCUUAGUUCACAUCAGGUAGAGCCAUGAUGGUUAAAAUGGUAUCAAACCGCUGUAGCUGCAGUGUAGAUAACACUCAUACACUCAUGUUUGCCACUAAAUGUUAAUCUUUGUCUUCAGAAUAAUUUCCUGACAUUUUCUAGAAGGGAGAAUUUUGACUGACGCAGCUUCACUCAUCACAGCAUUGUUGUGAUAAAGAGAGGAAGCUUUAUCUGCAAAAACUCUCCUUUUGGACUAUAUGGUACAAGAAACCUCUUCCUUGAUCCAGCAGAUGUUUCUGAUCUCUAGAAUCAAUAUUUACUGAGUAAUGAUGCUGAACCUGAAUUUUGUAUAGAACAAAAAUUUAUUUCGCUAUGUAACAGGUGGCUGUAAAAUGAUAUUUUCAUACAAGUAUUUUUAAAAGAAAGUCCAUCAUGAGAAUAUUUACAUUUUUUGAAAGUUGUAUUAUUUUUCGCACAAAAAGUAUAGCCUCCAAAUCAAUUUUUAUUUUUGUCAUUGGUGAUCUAAAAGUAUUUUCUAGGUCAUAAAUCUAAUGUAAAAACUAUAGAUGUCAAACAUUAUGAAACUAUGUAUCUACAAGGUACUAAGCUGUAAAUUAACUGUGAAAUAUAUUUUCCCUAUGUGUCUGGAACUCUGGCAAUGAUUUACAGAAGAACAAGAAAAAUAUUUUCCCACCUUUUUUUUAAACCCAUGAUCUGUUUUACUGAUAAAAGCAAGUACUUAACUCACUGCUGUCAGGUGCAAACCAAAUGUAUUUCUUAACUAAUAUGUUGGUGCAGCAUAAAAGGAGUAGUAUGAAUGCACACCCUGUCAACACAAACAAAGCCAGUGCUACAAGUUAAUUCCAGGCAAACUGGGAUUUCUCUGACAGAGUGACUCAGAAAUUUUGCUGAUGUAAUAUUUUCAGAGCUAUCACCAGGGAAUUGUCAUGAUCUCCAACAAAAGCUUCAUGCUGUUGUAAUUGGUCACACAAUGCUGGCUAGGUCAAAAGAAGCUGGGUAGCUGUAGCAAUUCCACACACCCCUUAGAGAGUAUUGUUGGAACCUUCUUUCAACUCCCAGUGCAAAUAUCCUGAGCACUCAAAUGCCUUCUGUCAAUAUUUUCUUUGCAUGUAAGAUACCCACAUGUAGGCAGAUUUUUAUAGGAAAUGUAAGUGUUGGAAACAAAAUUUUUGUUAUGUCCUGAUGUGACAUGUGAUUCCCCAGCAAUCUUUCAUUCUACGGGCUGCUCAGGGCCACAGCAUCAAAACACUCCAGACUGCUACAUAAAGCCAGCUGUCUAUAUUAAAAAAAUUAAUUCCCCCUCCCCCUAUGGACUCUGUAGUAACAUCUUUUUAUUUGCUUUUGUUAAAAGGGGUCUUCCUCAGCAUGGGCAAAAUCUAAAUAUAUGAAGGGGGGUGCUAAAAAAACUUUCUCUCUUCUUUCUAUUCAUUGUUGCUGAUUAGGAUGCUUUAGUUCAAGGACAAGGAACAUUUGGUCAACCAAAUGUUUUUGGACAGUAAUUCCCACCUUUCCAUUAUCUAUGGCUGUGCUGAGUGAAGUCUAACAAUUUUCUUUCUUUAAAGAACACAACACCUGGAGUGCCAAAGAUUCCCCACCUCCUGCAUUAAUUUAAGUUUGGCAAGUCCUUAAACUUGAGCUGUCCUUUUCAUACCAAUAAUAUUUUUUCUGGAGUAAGGCUCUAAAUGCUUGAAACUUUUAGCCCAUGCCUUCCUUGUCACAUCACUUGUCUCUGAGUAGCACUAAUGGCAUGACUCAUAAGUGAUUGGGGAAUAUCCAUUUGCAUGUACACUAAGUAAAACCAGGCUUGAGUUUUAAAAGGUCACACUUUUAAAAAUGGAUGACAGUCCCUAGCUUUAAAUGCUGCCUAGAAUGUGUGAGUAGAUCACGGGAAAUGAGAUUGCUAGUGUGUAUGCACCCUUGUUUGAAACAAGUCAUGCUUUUUAUUUGACUCAGGGUCUGUGUGCUUUUGACACAUCACUAGCAUAAGUCUGCUGUGACAAGAUGAGCAAAUAAGAAAGCCAGUCCAAUCCAGUCUCAUUAGGCUGGUUUUGUUUUUGUUUUUAAUGCAAAUGGUAUUACCAUUUGUUAGACAGGUAUUGUACUUUUUCUAUGCUAUUUGUGUGGGAGAAGUUGAGGCAUGAAUUUCUACACAUGUAGUUAACUACAUUCCAAUAGGCAUGCUGUUAAUAUAGACAAGCUCUGAGUGAUAUCAAUAUUCCAACCAUUUGUCUAUUAUGCUUUCUAAAUUAGUAUAAUGGCGAAGAAAUUAUGCUGACAAAUUCCUUGGUUUUUCAUGUGUGGCUUGUUCUGUGCCUUUUCCAGCUAAUGUGAAAGACAGAGGAGGAAAAUCAGUGGCACACAUUACCCACUACUGGCAUUGACACUGAGUGUACAAGGAAUGUAGCAUGAAAAGCAAACGGCCUUAGUCCAAAGAAAAACACUGUGCCUUCAGAACUCCAGAGAAGCACAUUGUGCCUCGAAUAGCUGCAGGAUGUAGAGAUAACAAAGACGAUAGGACUCAUUUCUCCAAGAGUCCUUUUCAUAAUAGUAAUCUUGAUAUUGUAGGGAGUCUGGGAACUUAGGUGAACUCCUUUGACUGUUAAGAACAUAUGUGAAGAGGUUGUAGGAUGUUGUGAGUUUGGAAUAAUGCUCAUGUACCCACUGGCCAAACCUUGACAUAGCUGCAUUUUUGGAUGUGUGGGCCUAUUAGGAUCUCCCUUUCCAUGGAGGACCUCUAUAAAUAUCUGACUCUUUCACAUGGACUCUGAACAUAUGGCCUGCAGGAGGUAUGAGUAGCAUGCCAGUCACUGAUGAGCCAACGUUAACAGCAUGAGCCCAGCAGAUCUGCUCUGAGUAUACAGGGUGGGUGGAAGGGGUUGACAUUCUAGAUGGUUUUAUUGCAAUAUGGGUAGCUACUUUAUGUGAGCCCACAGCUUGGAGAGAUCACUGCUUGGCCAAACUUGUAGAGUUGAGUUAUGCUGCUCUUAAAGAGAAAGUCUUGUCCUUUAGGCAAAGAGCUAAUACUUCCUAUUGAGAGCUUGCUUCAACAAGGAUGCUGUAAUGAAAGCAUCAGAGUGGGCCAAUAUAACACACACACACACACUGCUUAUAUGUGUUGUCAGAGGUAAUGCUUCUGAAUUCAAGGCCACAUUAUUUAUCUGUUUUCCUCUCUAGCACUUAGAGUAAAAUAUCUGCCAAUCUGAGAAGUGAUGAGAUGGUUCAUCUAAAGUAAUUGAUAUUGGUGAUGAAUUUAUAUAGCACUACUUUGUGUUGACAAAUCAUGACCUUUUAAAAAAAUCAGUUAUGAAUUUGAAGUCUCCUAAUUAUAAAGCAGAUAAUGGGUUUCCUUUUUGGAGCAUUUCAGAUUUUGCACUUUGUCUGUGAAAUACUAAAAAAAACCCCUCUCUCCCUCAACCCUGCAGUACAAAAGCUUUCCCUGAAGUGAUGGAGGGUUAUCAAUUGGUUUGAUAUGUGUGCUCUUGAACAAUUAACUAUAAUGAUUUCUUUCAGGAAGAACCAUGUAGGAACAAAUAUUUCUGAAAGAAAACUAGUACUUUUUAACAACAACAACAACAAAAAAAGUACAGACAAUACAGAACUGAGUUAUUCCAGGUAGAAGAGAUUGGUGUGUAUUACAUACACAGCUGAAUCAUUUUUCUAAAUGGCCGAACAGACGUCCCUUUUACGCUGUUGUUCAGGCGGCUUCAGGACAUGCCAUUUUGACACCACAUGUCCGGAAGCCACCCUGAUCGUUUACAUGUGGGCAGCUUCAUGAUACUGUGAACAUUUCCAAUCACAUGCUGCUGGACUGUCAUGAAGCAGGCUUUGGGCUUCGGUGGGGCCAGAAAAACCGGCUUUUUGCCAGCUGAAAAAGGAGUGGAUCUUUGCUGCUCUUUUUCGGCUGGCUUCAAGGCAGCUCGGGGCUGUGGUGUGUGUUUUCUGUGGCCUCAAUCUGUCUUCAGAAAGGGCAGCUGUUCCAGUCCUAUAUUUCUCUCUACAGUUGUUAGCGUCCAGUCUAUCACUUUUAUGAAUCAAAGCUGGAGGUCUAACUACAUUUCAGUGAAUGAGUAUGCUUUUUAAUGCACAGCUGUCGCUUUGUGAAUGCAAAUUGAAAAGAAAACUAUCUUGACUUCAGGCUAGAUUCUUCUAACUAUUCCAAGUUUUAUUUUCCCUUUUAAUACAGCAAGAUACCAUUAUGUUUCCUAAAAUGUAUAAUAGCAAUAGUUCUUUUUUAUAUCCAUGAGUGAUAUAUUUUGUGAAUAAUUGUUUCCCAAAGUUUUGAUCUGUGGGGCACAGGUUUGUUGGGUUCCUUUUGGGGCGUUAAAAAUAGAAGGGCAUGUCACUUUGAAAAAAAAAUAUUUUCCCAAUGAUCUUCCAGAACACCAGGUAGUCUUAGAAAACCUAAUAUUGGGGGAAAACAGACCGGCAAAAUGCAAUGUCUUCCCAGUGGUCUGGGGAUGUGGCAUAUGCAUGACACAUGCCCGCAAAACAUUGGGAACAUGCCAUGAAGCCACCUCACUAACCACACAGCAGCAGUUUUUUGGUGCUCCUGUGGCAUGGCAUUUAGACUCUGCACGCUGCUGGAGCUCCAAAAAGCUGCCGUGGCGGCAGCAAAAGCACCUUUUUCCUGGUGCAAAAAGGAGCAGUUUUCUGCCAUUUGUUUUUGUGCUGGGAAAGUGUCAGGUUGGGGGCAUGGUGUGGGAUUGCUGCAGCACCAUGGCGUGCUGCUCUGCAGUGGCCCCAAUCCAGCCUUUUUGGGCCAUCUGUUUCACAACAUUGUCUCCCAGUACUUUUGUCUCUGGCUUUUCCCUUGCAGGACACAGGAAUAAGAGUGUCUUUCUGGGCAAUGGGAAUACUUCUAGAAUAUAAUGUGAGCUGAGUUAAGCAGUCUUGGUAUCACGUUUCUUUCCUUGAAUGAUGUUGCCUAAACACUGAUGCAUUGUCUGGAUCCUGUGCCAGAUCAAGACCUCCAGGAUUUAAUCCAUCCACUAUGGGCAAUGUGGAUGCACCCAACUUGAAUUUUUCCAUUCUCCCAUGGCAUAAAGUUUGGGAACCAUUGUUCUAAGCUAUCUUUCCUAAGUGAAUAUCAAAAAUUGUUUGCUCAAAUGUCAGUUCUUUCCAUGGGGAAAAAAGUAAAGAUUCCUGAUUGUACUACUUUCCUUCAAAAUGAAGGGUAUUGCCUAGUUAUUAAGAAGAAAUAAAAGAUUUGUAAUAUCUUUUAAA